UUGAGAGAGCGCUCCAUUGGUGCUUUGUGAACCUUUAGACUCACUCUUCAUCCUUUUAAACCCAAACGAGGACGAGCAGAGCCAAACAACCACCGUCACUGCUGCUGCUUGUAACUUCCAUAGCUGUGCGCUCCCAGAGGAAAUGGGUCAACAACCGUCUCAAGAGAUGCUUGAAAGUGCUGCUCAAAUGUUUGUCUUAGGGUUGCAGUUGGAUGAUUUUAGAAUUGACAGCUCCCUGGAGAGAUUCUCUGGGCUCAACUCAGCUGAAGAGCUGAACAGGUACAGAGACCAGGUGUUGUACAGUGAUGGACUCAGCCAGGCUGCAUCUGUUGCGGAGAAGAUGGGCUCUGUCCUAGGUGGGCUCAGCUCGGUGCCUCAUGCUGUCGGACUGGGGGCUCUUAUCAUUUCCUUGGCCUUAGAUGUGGUUGCCAAAAGCCUAAAUAAAGAAACACUGGGCACAGCUGAAAUGAUAGAGAGGGUGUUUGCACAGGAGAAGGCCAGGGAGGUCCGAGACCUGAUGGACAACUAUUUGAAGCGUAUGCAGAUCAACCUGAGGAACCGAGAGCUGCAGCUCUCUGAGACCCGUCAAAGAGAGAUCGCUCUUAGUGCCCAACUCACACGGCUGAAGAACUCCAUGUUGAACGACGGACAGAUGGACACUCAGUUUCUGACGCAGUGGGUGAAUGGAGCUGCUUUCCACACCCAGAUGCUGAUCCAUCAGGCUCGUCUGGAGAGGAGACAAGAACCCGAUGGAUCCAGAGCAAUGCGGGCAGCAGGGAUUUAUCAGCACGACCUCAACCUUCUUGUGAACAAAUUGAUGGACUUGAUGAGAAACAAUGCUAAUAAUGAAAGUGGUUUGAAAGUUGUAGAGAUUCUGCGUUCCAGACCUCAGAUUACAUGGACACAAGACUAUUUUUCAAAACUGCAAUCAAAUAUUCCAUCGCUUGUGAGGCAAAAUGCUGCCUUUUAUAUCCGAACCCGACUUUGAUAGUCAGUGUUUAUGAAGCCAUAUGUAAGUAAAAAAUCCAUCUAGAAUUUGUAAGCUAGAUUAACAUUUUAUGUAGUGCAUAGCAAGGAAUGAAAAACAUGUCUAGUUUCAAAUUUCUUCAAUUUUUGGGGUGAAAAGUUUGGAAAUUGUGACCGUAUAAAAAUAAAACAUUAACUGUGCAUAAGUUCUGAAAAUAGACGACCAAUGGGAGUUCACUGAUGUCUAUAAUGGGUUAAUUUUAAGUAUCAUUGUCUUAACUGUGCCCAGCUUGAAUUAGAAAAGUGAAUUUACAGUUUCCUGAUCUCGUACUGAUGUUAGCAGCCACUGAAGGACAUUUCUGCAUUUAUUCUGUUUACUGUUUCUUUACAUGAUUUGCUCAAACUUUUGGUCAGCCUGAGUAGUUAAACAAUCUGCACGCACAUGUGCUUCAUUUGGUAUUGGCUGGUAUUGAUUUCACCUUGCAUAUCACUGUGGAAACAUGUGGUCCUGAUUACGGCUGGUGUACUAAUUUCAGUAAUGUGGCAUGAGUGCGUCUGUGGACAGAUUGCAUCAACAUGAAGGAGGAGCAACGGUACGAGACAAAAGCAGAAAACCUCCACUAAUGUACAUUUGACAUUGGAUUGGACGUCUAAUGGUACGGCCCAUGACUAAGAGGUGCCGGAAGUAAGAGAGCCACAUUUCUUCUAUGUGCCGUUCACUUACUGCAGCAGGUGGAGUCUGGGUCCAAAUCUUCGAAGACCUGCACUGUUAACAGCGCCAUCCAGCUCAAAAAGCCUUCAGCAGCAGCUACUUCCUGAGGUUCUUUCACCAGAAAAAGCUCCUGUUUUACUACCAACAGACAAGCAGCUGCUAUAUUUCACUUUUGAUUUCAUUAUUUUUCAUCUUGCUUAAAAAUAAAUGUUAACCCAAA